AAAACGACGAUACCCCGAAGAUACAACGAAGCAUCGAUCAAAAUGUACAGUCAGCGCAGCAACAAACAUUCAUUUGAAGUAAUUCUUGAGCUCGUGACAGGAAGAACCGCCACUCGUCGCAGCGGCUGGUGCCUGGAGAUAAGAAGCGCCUCAGUCACAGCCCCUUCGACCCGGAGAAGGAGACGAAGUUCAUAGUGCACGGCUGGAUGUCGUCGCUCAACAGCACCACCGUGCAGAACCUCAAGGAUGCAUACCUGAAGGCCAGCGACGUGAACGUGGUGGCGGUGGACUGGGGCAGCCUGGCUUCAUCGACGCUGUACCUGGGGCCCAAGUGGAACACGUGGCGGGUAUCGGAGAGUGUGGCGGACCUGGUACGCUUCCUGGAGGACACAGCAGGUGGGAAGCGGGCGCGGAUGCACGUGGUGGGGCACAGCCUGGGCGCGCACGUGGCCGGACAGACGGGACACCGCCUCGCAAAGGACGGCGGCCGCAUCGCCAGGGUCACUGGGCUGGACCCGGCGAUGCCGGGCUUCCUGUGGGUGGAGUCUGAGGAUGGCCGUCUGGACGAGUCGGACGCCGACUUCGUGGAUGUGGUGCACACGUGUGGCGGCGUGCUGGGCUACUCCAGCCGCCUGGGACACGCGGACUUCUUCCCCAACGGCGGCACGCCAUUCCAGCCCGGCUGCGGCGGACUCGUCGAGAUCGCCCAGGCGUGCAGCCACGCUCGCGCCCACGAGUUCUUCGCGGAGUCCAUCACGGCUCCCGGCGACGCCUUCCUGGCCGUGCCCUGCGACUCGUGGGACAGCUACAAGGAGCGCAAGUGCCGCGGCCAGCCUGUGCCCAUGGGCGAGCGCGUCCCCCGCACUGCUUCUGGGAUGUUCUUCCUGGAGACAAAUGGAACUGCCCCAUUUGCACUUGGUCCAAGGUCUUGGUUUAAACGAGCAAAGAAGAAAUCAAAAAAGAAGACUUCAUCAAAACCAGCUGCUAACUGA